AUGACCCCCCCCCCCUCUCUCUCUACAGGCGAUCUGGAAACAACAUUCAUGAAGGUAUCAUCCCGAACAGCUAAUCUUCGUGCGAUUCUUGCCGAUGACGAAGCGGUACGCCAAAAUGUCAUGGAGCUGGUAAAAAGCAUAAAGGCAAUUGAGCAGGAAGACAUCCGUGGCUUCCGCCUUGCAAGCAUGCUGGAUCCUACGCUACCUGAUUACGCAGACUCAAGUCUAGCGCCUUUCACGCUCAGUGGGGAACCAUACCAGCUUCUAUGUGGCAUCUUAGGAAGUAAUCCGUUGAACGGCAAUGCAGUCCGUCCCCAUGCUGAGGCUUUCUCUUUAAAUCGCAUUGCAAGACGCGGCGUGUCAUAUGGAACAUGCGCAUCUCCAUCAUUCCGUGAUAGUGCAAUCAUUUUUAGGGGGAGUAGCAGUGUCUCACCGCACGCUCAUGACCUCCACAAGACGGGAAGGAUCGAGAAAAUCUUCCAGCAUGUCUAUCAAGGAAUCAAAACAUUCUACUUGGUUGUUCGAGAGCACCAGAGGAUCGAUCCUAGCAUCGACCCGUAUGUCAGGUUCGGUUUCGCGGGGGGGUAUCUAUGUGAGAAGGUGCCAAGACUACUCCACCUUAUCAUGCUCGAACAGGUUGUAUCACACUUUGCCAUGACAAAUCUGCGCAGCGAUGGGCAGAAAUACCUUAUCCAUGCCCUACCAAUCGAUCGGCUCAUGUUGUCCUUCAAACUAUCUGAAGAUAUUCAUGCCGGGGGAACGAAUUUCAGCAAUGAUGAACAGACUAGUACUGCUCCCGUGGAUCAGCCCUAG